ACACUGCAGCAGGUUGUCGGUUCCCUUCCAUGCAGAGAAGCCAGGCAGCAACACUGCAGCAGGUUGUCGGUUCCCUUCCAUGCAGAGGAGCCAGCAAUACUACAGCAGGUUGUUGGUUCUCUGCCCUGCAGAGGAGCCAGGCAGCAGCUCUGCCCGCCGAGGAGCGUCAAAAGCCUCCCGGCGCCGCGCGGAGCUGAGCAGAGUGGGGCGGGGUCUUUGGACCUGUUGUGUGGCUCUCUGUGCGGCUCUCUGUGCGGAUCGUUGCAGGUUUGUGUCUCUGCUGGACUCUGCGGGUUUUCUGGAAGUCUCACCGGGCCGGUUGGACCCCCGGCAGACCGCAGAGCAGCCCACCGAGCUCAGGAAACGCCCUCCUGAUGAAGAAGGUUCCUCCUCUUCCUCCUCACAUCACAGUUUCCUCCUCAGAGACGCAGCAGUUUGCCUCAACAGGUAAAGAGGAGCUGCCAUGUUGGCCUCCUCCUGUCCCCCGUCACUCCUCCUCUUCCUCCUCCUCCUUCUCCUCCCCCCUCCCUCCCAUCCCUCUGAUGUCAUCGUGACCUCUGACCCCUCGGUGCGGUGGGUGGAGCUACAUGGCACCACUUUCUCUCACCUGGUGCUGGACCAGGGGGCGGGGCGGCUCUACGUGGGCGGGGUCGACCAUCUGUACCAGCUGACCGCCGACCUGGAGGUGAUAUCGCGCGUGACGACCGGCCCUCACCUGGACUCCCCGGACUGCCUCCCUCCCAUCGUUCCACAGGACUGCCCCUCGGCCAUGCCCACGCACAAUCACAACAAACUGCUGCUGAUGGAGGCGGGGCAGGGGGCAGGGCCAGGCAGCCUGAUCGUCUGUGGUUCGCUCUAUCAGGGGAUCUGUGAUAAGAGGAGUCUGUCCAACAUCUCUCAGCUCAUCUAUCAGACCUCCAACCCCGUCGACACUCAGUACGUCGCCGCCAACGACCCCCGAGUCUCCACCGUUGCCGUGGUGAUAACCACAGAGAACAAACAGGAAGGGGUCGGGGCUGGUGGCGUCCUGCGUUUGAUGCUGGUUGGUCGUGGCUACACCAGUAAAGGUCCCGGUGACAUCCCUCCUAUCACUACACGGCGUCUGUUCCCGGUGGUCCCACCUCGCCGGGCGUUCUCUCAGGAGGAGGAGCUAGGCAAACUCGUCGUAGGAAGUUACUCUGAGUACAACAACCACUUUGUGAAGGCGGUCGCCCACGGCAACCACGUUUACUUCCUGUUCUCUCGGCGGGACAUGUGGCACAAGAAGGAGUACCGGACCUACGCCUCCCGGCUCUGCGCCACCGACCGCAGCUUCUACUCGUACGUGGAGGUGCCGCUGCUGUGCCGCGGCGGGUACAACCUGGCUCAGGGGGCGUGGUUAGGAAACCACUCGGGUGAACCCGCCCUGUUCGUCGUCAUGGCAGCGGGACAAGCAUCCACACCCGUAGCAACCGGGCGCUCUGCACUGUGUGUUUAUGAGAUGGCAGAGCUGGACGCCAUGCUACGGAAAGCACAGGAAGUGUGUUACACGGAGGGAGGACGAGGCAGCAGCGGACAGGAAGAGGCCUACAUCGAAUACGCCGUGUCAUCAAAAUGUCUGAAACUACCGAAGGACUCUCUGUCAGAGUACCCCUGUGGGGGGGAACACACCCCGAACCCCAUCGCAAGCGCCGUGCCCCUCCCCGCCACACCCACCUUCUACUCCACCACCCAGCUGACUGCCGUCACCAUGGCAACGGAGGCGGGUCACACCAUCGCCUUCCUGGGAGACAGAGAGGGACGACUGCACAAGGUGUUGGUGCGCUCUGAUUGGUCAGGUGAUCUGUACGGCAGCGUGUUGGUGGACAGAAACAGCGCCGUCAGCGCUGACCUCCUAUUGGACGACAACCAGCAGCACGUUUUUGUUUUAACCAACAGCAGGCUGUCGAAGGUUCCUGUGUCGUCAUGUGAGAGACAGACAGACUGUCAGUCCUGUCUCGCUGUCAGAGACCCGUACUGUGGCUGGUGUGUCCUGGAGGGAAGAUGUUCCCGUAAACACCAGUGUCAGCGCCACAUGCAGCCCAACCAUUGGCUCUGGAGCUUUGAACCGACCAAUCGGUGUGUGACAGUGCAGAGCCUGCAGCCGGCCAAUCAGAGCAAAGACGAGCAAACACAGGUAACGCUGUUAGUCGUCCAGCUUCCCGUCCUCACUGAGGCAGAGUCUCUGUCCUGCGUCUUCGGGCUCCUCCCACCUCAGCCCGCCAUCGUCACGGGAACCAGCAUUACCUGUCAAUCCCCUGCGCCGGAGCUCCUCCCAACCAUGCUAACAGGAAGUGAUCACAUGAUCCUGCCCGUGUCACUGAUGUUUGGUCAUGUGACCAUCACCACGGGCAGCAUGACCUUCUAUGACUGUGGAGCUGUGAGCCGACUGAACCAGAGCUCCCAGUGUCUGGCGUGCGUCAGCAGUGUCUGGAGGUGUAACUGGUGUCCUCUGGAUCAACUCUGCACUCACAACCACAGCUGUCCCAACCAACACAUCAUCCUCAACCAGAAAGAGUCUCCUGGUCCCACAUCCUGUCCUCUGGUCUUCGCCCUGCAGAGUUCUGCAUUAGUGCCGUUGGGCCUGAGCACCACUGUGGUGCUGCGGGGACGAAACCUGGACGUCUACACUGAUGAAACUCAGUAUGUGUGUGUUGUGGAAAUCGAAGGAGUCCAGUUCAACCUGACAGCUGCUGUAGAGAAAACACCCGACAACACGCACACCUUCACCUGCAGCCCACACCAGUUUCAGUAUGCUGUCAGUCAGCUUCAGUAUUCGACUGCUGUCUAUCUACGUAGAGGAGAGAGACGCAUCGACACCUCACCUGGUCUCCAACUCCAGCUGUACGACUGCUCAGCCGGCCAAUCAGAUUGCUCACAGUGCAGGGCGGUGCCGGAGGAGUACGGCUGUGUGUGGUGUUCGGGAAGCCCCGCCCCCAGUUGUGUGUACAACCAAUCCUGUAGCAGCGCACCUGCAGACACCUGCCCGCCUCCUCAGAUCACACAGGUGCUUCCUGUCUCCGGUCCUCUGGAGGGUGGAGUCCUGGUGACGAUCUCAGGCUCUAAUCUGGGGAUGAGGUACCAGGAUGUGAUGGGCGGAGUCACAGUGGCAGGUGUUCAGUGUGUGCCUCAACCUGAAGGAUACCAGAUCUCCACCAGGGUUGUGUGUGAGCUGCAGUCCAGUGGGAGGCAGACGGAGGGGCCUGUCUUGGUUACCGUGGGAACAACUCCACCUGGAAGGUCAACACAGAUCUUCACCUAUCAGGACCCACAGCUCCUGGAUCUGGUUCCUGAUAAAGGUCCGGUCUCUGGAGGAACCAGACUGACCAUCAGAGGACGGCAGCUGCUGACCGGACAGAAGUCAGACCUGAGUGCCUUCCUGGGCCCCCAGACCUGCUACAUUGUGGGGGAGGUGAAGGACUCCCAGUUGGUGUGUCAGACUGGUCCCAGUAAUCAGACCGGUGCGGUCAAACUUCGGGUUCUGUUCGGUAAAGCGGAGAGAACCGUUCCCAAUGUUACCUUCCGUUACCUUGACGACCCCGUCAUCACCGACGCCACACCAGCAGAGAGCUUCUACGCAGGUGGGCGUGACGUCAUGGUGACGGGCAAGAACCUGGGGGUCGUGCAGCAGCCAAUCAUCUCGGUGUGGGUGGAGCCUGUGGAGGGCCAGAGGGUGAAACGGAGAAGACGAUUGGCUCUGCUCACCGCCAAGCAGCAGAUGGUCUUCAACGGCUCCAUGACAACGGUGUCGGAGCGCUGCACUGUCCAGUCGUCCUCUCAGAUGACCUGUCCGACCCCCACGGUGACCCCAGAGGUCAAAGUGAAGGGCGUCUGGUUUCAGCUGGACAACGUCAGAGUCCACUAUGAGACCAUCAAGGGUAAAAGCUUCACGUAUUAUCCGAACCCAGAGUUCUUUCCUCUGAACAGAGAAGCUCCAGACGCUCCGUAUCGCUUCAAACCCGGAGGAGUGAUCGCCGUGGAGGGUCAGGACCUGACGAGAGCGAUAUCCAGACAGGAAGUGGCGGCUCGACUCGGCGAUCAGGAGUGUGAGGUGAAAACUCUGGACAACACUCACCUGUACUGUGAACCUCCAGAGAUCCAACCGAUGAGUGUAGACGACAGCAGCGAGCUGCCCAGCCUCAAGGUGUUCAUGGGGAACCUGCAGGUGGACCUGGGCUUGGUUCAGUACGACAGUGACUCUCUGUCUGUCGUCCCGUUGGCUGCUCAGAUCGGUUUGGCGGCGGGAGCAGCUGUCAUCAUUCUGUCAGUGCUGGUCGUCAUCCUCAUGUACAGGAGGAAGAGUAAACAGGCUCUCAGAGAUUAUAAGAAGGUUUUGCUGCAGUUGGAAACUCUGGAGAUCAACGUGGGAGAUCAGUGUCGUAAAGAGUUCACUGACCUGAUGACAGAGAUGAUGGACCUGAGCAGUGAUGUAGGAGGACCAGGACUCCCCCUGCUGGACUACAGGACGUACGCAGAGCGAGUCUUCUUCCCCGGUCAGCAGGUGGGGCCACUGAGCCGCCAGCUGGACCUGCCGGAGUCCAGGAGGCAGACUGUGGAGCAGGGCCUCCAGCAGCUCAACAACCUGCUCAACAACAGACUCUUCCUCACUAGGUUCAUCCACACUCUGGAGGCCCAGCAGGGUUUCUCUCAGAGAGACCGCGGAUACGUUGCCAGUCUGCUCACCAUUGCGCUGCACGAUAAACUGGAGUAUUUCACAGAGGUCAUGAAGAGUCUGCUGCAGGACCUGGUGCAGCAGUACGUCGCCAAGAACCCCAAACUCAUGCUGCGCCGGACAGAGACAGUGGUAGAGAAGAUGUUGACCAACUGGAUGUCGAUCUGCCUCUACUCCUUCCUCAAGGAGGUGGCGGGGGAGCCUCUCUACAUGCUCUACAGAGCCAUCAAGUAUCAGGUGGAUAAAGGGCCGGUCGACACUGUGACGGGAAAAGCCAAACGGACACUUAAUGACAGCCACCUGCUGCGAGAGGACAUCGACUACUGCGCAGUGAAUCUGACAGUGUUGGUGAAGAAUGGAGUCGAGGUUCAACCUUGUCCUGUUAAAGUACUCGACACCGACACUAUCACACAGGUGAAGGAUAAGAUCCUGGAUCAGGUCUACAGAGGAGCUCCGUUCUCUCAGAGACCAGCAGCAGACAGUCUGGACCUGGAAUGGCGUUCAGGUCAGGCGGGUCACCUGACCCUGUCAGAUGAUGAUGUCACAGCGGUGGUUCAAGGUCGCUGGAAACGAGUCAACACUCUGCAGCACUACAAGGUUCCAGACGGAGCAACAGUCGCUCUAAUUCCUCGUUCUCAGGGUUCAUGUGGAGUUGGAAUCAACCAGGUCUUCCAGACUGGAGAGAAAACGCCGAUGCUGGAGGGCGAGGAGGAAGAGGGUCUGCGUCUGUGGCACCUGGUGAAGAGCAGCGAAGAUCCCGAAAUCCCAAAACACAGAAAGAGCAGCAUGAGAGAGAGAGAGAGAGCCAAGGCCAUACCUGAGAUUUACCUGACCAGACUGCUGUCCAUGAAGGGGACAUUGCAGAAGUUUGUGGAUGACGUUUUCGUGGCGAUCCUCAGUACGAAGCGUCCUCCUCCGAUUGCUGUCAGAUUCUUCUUCGACUUCCUGGACGACAUGGCCGAGAAACACGGCAUCGACGACCCCGAGACCGUCCACAUCUGGAAGACCAACAGUCUCCCUCUCAGGUUCUGGGUUAACAUCCUGAAGAAUCCUCAGUUUGUUCUGGACGUUCAGGUAACCGACAGCAUCGACGCCGUUCUGUCUGUCAUCGCUCAGACCUUCAUCGACUCCUGCACCACCUCCGAGCACAAAGUGGGACGGGACUCUCCUGUCAACAAGCUGCUGUACGCCAGAGAGAUCCCCCGAUACAAACAGCUGGUGGAGAGGUAUUACAGUGAUAUUCACAGCGCUGCGUCAGGCUGUUAUCAGGAGAUGAACUCUACUCUGACUGAACUGUCUGGGAGCUUUGCCUCAGAGAUGAACAGUCUUGUUGCUCUUCAUGAACUCUACAAGUACAUCAACAAGUACUACGACCAGAUCAUCAUGUCUCUGGAGGAGGACAGUUCAGGUCAGAAGAUGCAGUUGGCCUAUCGGCUGCAGCAGGUCGCCGCCCUGGUGGAGAACAAGGUCACUGACCUCUGAUGACCUCUGCUGACCUCUGACCUUGUGACCCUGAAGACACCCGGAGCCCCGCUGAGGAAGAGGAGGAUGACGAAGCUUCCUGCUGAACAUCUUCAGCAGCUCUGAGAGACUCCUGUUAGUUAUCACUGUCUUCCUGCUGUGUGUGUGCGUGCGUUCGUGCGUGUGCGUGUGUGUGUGUGUGUGUGUUGGGGAGAUAUGAGGUUUUUUAUAGUCAGACUCAGGAGGUCCCAGUUCUCCCAGUUGCUCUGCAGCAGCAGUCACACUGAAUAAGCUAACCAAUCAGAUCAGAGAACAUCAUCAGCACCUGCUGCCUUGCACUACAUUUCCCAGAGUUCCCUGCUGUUCUACUGUCAGAAAGCACAAUUUGAAUAGUUGUAUUGAUUAUUGACCUGCUGAUCUCAGACAUGCUGGAUGUUUUUUAUCGACAGUAUUUUUAGCUUUUACUACUGAAACCAGCACAGUUCUGCAUCAGGAGCUUUAAAGGUCCCAACAUUUAGUGGUUUGGGGAGUUUUACUGAACGCAAUAACACAAUCGGGGAGUGUUUUUAAAUCACCUUAUCAGUGUGAGACUCAAAUCUUCUACCUGGAGCUCUUCAGGUUACCUCGACUCCUGACAACCUCAGGACCCGACCCACACUGGUUACCAGUCUUUCCAGUCUUCCUCAGUUCCAGGUUGAGUCCAGAUUGACUCAUCAGGGUUCUCAGGUUUGCAUCAAUGCCAGUGUAAAUUGAUUGGAAUUAAUCAGCCAGUUAGCACAAAGCAGAGUAGUGGCUUGAAGAAGGACCGAAGCCCAGUGAUGCUUGUUACCAUAGAGACCGUAGGGUUACCAUAGCGCUGUAGCGGUUCUGACUUGUCUUUUUUAAAAUGGAAACAGACCUAAGUGUCUGGAUCUUAGGAUGGUGUUUUGAAGCUUCUAGUAAAUGAAACCCUACAGGUGGGAUUUUACCUGACCAGCUGCCUAAAGCUAGUGAUGUAGCCAACGUGCUAGCUGGAUUCUGCACUUGUUUUUUAUGCGAGAAAGAAAUAAAAUAACCAUUGACUAACAUGUUGAAACGCUGGAAACAGAAACUAGAAUCACACUGAAAAUAAUGUUUAACUGAAACACUGAAGUUGACGGACGAAAAAAACAAUCUGAAAUCUGGGGGGGAGGAGUUUAAACUGUAUGUGUGUGUGUGCGCGUGUGUGAGUGUGUGUUAGCUAGUUACUAACUUAUUACGUGUACAUACUGUAAGUCGUAUUUAUACCUAUUUAUCCCAGCUGUGCCUUCACUCUGCAGCUAGGUGUUGCUGUCUGUCUGUUCUUACAGCAGUCUUAUUGAUCAUGUGUCCCAGUGCAUCAUGGGAAGAUAAAUUAUUUUUAAUGUUUAACUCUCAUUGAACCAGGGAGGGAGAAAAAACAACUGAAUCAUCAUGUACAAAUACCUAAACAGCCUGAGUAUCACUGGAUAUACAUCUAGCAUAGCAUUGGGCUAGCUUAUUACACGGCUUUGUUGAAUACUCGAUUCUGAUUUGGUCAAUCCACGGUCUGUUAUUUCUUUAUAGCAGACCGUUGCUAUGUAUAACAGACUGUUGCUAUGGGCGCAGUUCUGAUGUCGGACUCUGGAAGUAGCCGUGUAAUAAGCAGGAUAAUGUACAGCUAGCCUUCAGUGUUUCGCGUCGGGGUCAGCAUCGCCCUGUCGGGGUUUAUUUCACAACAAUGACCGGCUCGUUGUACAUUAUCCCUUACUUGACAAACACAAUGGCAACUCAGUCUUUUACUUCCUGGAUUGUUUCCAAGGUCAAGAGUCAACUGUCCAGUUAAAACCGUGCACUCAUUGUAGCUACUAUGAUAUGGGCUAGCUAGAAACGCCUAGCAGUACAACUGUGCUAGACGAUUGCUGUCGUCAGAAGGAUAACACUGUAACAUCACUGAACAAACACACAGCGCCACGUCAGCCACCAGUGUGUUUCCCAUUAUGAAGAUGCUGUUUUUAGCUUGCUGAUGCUACAAUAGCUAUAAAACCUUUGACUACCAGCAGCUACCAUAUCUCUUAGUUUGAGCUACUGUUACUACACGUUAUAUUGUUUAAGCUCUGAUAUCAAUCAACUGUCAGACAGACUGAAUCCAAAUAUCUGAAACUCCCCGCACACUCAAACUCGAUAUCUUAUCAUGUAAAAAGAAAGCAAUAACAAUUAUUAGAAAGGAGAUUGUUUUGUUUUUUUAUUGGACUAAGACUGAAACAGUUGGGCCACAUGUGAUGUAAGAGUUUGAUCUGAAUUAUCAGUGUUAAAGAUUUACUGUACAUAUCCACCUUUCUCUAUCUCGAUGUGAAGCACAGGCACAAACCUUUCAUGGUUCAGGGGUCAGUAACCUGAAACAUUUUAAGAGUGCAGUCUAUUGAUGUGAUAACAUCCACAAGGACUCAGGCUGCAGGUCCAGAGGGUUGGAGGUUUGGAUUCAGCCUUGAGAUUGUCAGCUGUGUCUCCACGGCAACCGUUUGUUGUUUUAUCUGUUGGUGUUUUUUUCUCUGUGUGGAAUUCAGCCGGUGUGGAUGACCAUGCUUUUUAUUUAGUCUUCAUGUGCAACUCUGUGAGCCAAUAGCAACGCAUGACUGCAGCUCCAGUUACACUGCGCAUGCCCAUACCCCAAGACCCAUGUCCGGACUCUCUUGUCAGGAUACUUCCUGGACUCUCCUGGACUCUCUUGUCAGGAUAUUUCCUGGACUCUCUUUUCAGGAUACUUCCUGGACUCUCUUGUCAAGACUCUUCCUUGACUCUUGUCAGGAUACUUCCUGGACUCUCCUGGACUCUCCUGGACUCUCUUGACAGGAUACUUCCUGGACUCUCUCGGCAGGUUAAUUCUCAGACCCGUAUGUUUUUCAGUGUAAAUAGACUCUGAGACUGAACCCAUCAGGCAAUAACUAAACAGACCCUAUCGACGGUUUUGUCUGCUGCUGAACUGAAACUGAAAACUGACAGAUUUUGUUAUUAAGUGAGACGUUUGUUGAAUGAUCUUCCUUCUGUACUUUUCUUCUUAAAUAUUUGUGAUGAUUAUCACUGUUUAAUCUGAACAUCUCUCCUCUGUGGUUUUGCCUUGCAUGUUUUUUGAGCCUGUGUUUGACCUGUAGUUGUAGUUCUCUGAUCAGAUUUCUGCAUGCGUGUGAUGAUGAUGAUGAUAAGUUAUGGUGCUUCUUUAUGCUAAUUUCUGUUAAAAUGAAGACAAGAGGUGGGGCUUAAACUCUGCCAUGUCACUGAUGAUAUAUGUAAAUGGAGGAAGAGGGUCACAGUUUGACCUUUGACCUCCUGAUCUCUGUACAGUUUUUUUAAUCUUCUGGGACAUGAUGAAACAGAUCCUCAGCUCUGAUUGGUCGAGCUCUGUUUGUUACUGAAACGUUUUUCUACAAGGGAAUAAAAACUUUAAAGGGUUUGUAUAAAAUGGAUCCAGGAUCAGUUGUAAUGAAGCACAGACUGCUUUUCUACUAACUGUGUACAGUUUGCUAACAGUGUGUAAAUGUGCCUGUAAAUACCUGUCCGAGGAUGAUGAUGACGAAGAAGACGAGUCAGUCUGCAUUGGAAAUGUUUUUAUUGUGAAGAGGCAGGAGGCCAAACACAAUUUGUAUCAUGUAAAAAUAAAGUUAUAAUUUUAACAGUUC